AUGGCGCGGGGCCCUGCGCUGUGGCUGGGCGCUCUGCUCCUGGCUUCCCUCGGGGGGUCCUCGGCUCCAGCCUCUCUCCUUAGGCGCCUCGGCGAGCACAUCCGGCGUUUUCAGGAGAGCUCUGUCCUGGGCCUGAGUCUGGGUCCGGGGGUGGCGGCCCGCCCCAGAGAGGGGUGGCUGGAGCAGCCCCUGGACCCCUUCAAUGCGUCUGACAGGAGGUCCUUCCUUCAGCGGUACUGGAUAAGCGACCAGCACUGGGCCAGCCGGGAUGGACCCGUCUUCCUGCAUCUGGGGGGCGAGGGCAGCCUCGGGCCGGGCUCAGUGAUGAGAGGGCACCCUGCAGCCCUGGCCCCAGCCUUGGGGGCCCUGGUGAUAGGCCUGGAGCACAGGUUUUAUGGCCUGAGCAUACCUGCUGGGGGCCUGAACACGACCCAGCUCCGCUUCUUGUCCAGCCGCCAUGCGCUGGCCGACGUGGUCUCCGCGCGCCUCGAGCUCUCCCGCCUCCUCAACGUCUCCUCUUCCAGCCGCUGGGUCUGCUUCGGAGGCUCCUAUGCCGGCUCCCUGGCCGCUUGGGCGCGGCUGAAGUUCCCGCAUCUCCUCUUCGCCGCGGUCGCCUCCUCGGCCCCUGUGCGGGCCGUGCUGGAUUUCUCCGCCUACAACGAGGUGAGGACGCGGGCGUGGCCCGGGGGGAGCAGAGUUUCAGCGUCGGGGUCCCUGAUGCGCCUCUUCUCCUCCGGCGGUCGGACCACAGGUGGUGUCCAGGAGCCUCACGAACACGGCGAUCGGCGGGUCACCGGAAGUAGGAGUGGGCCCGUCCCCGGGGGCUGGAGAGGGGAGGCGGCCUUCAAAUUGGGGCCAGAGGGAAAAGUGCAGCCAGCUCGGCGCCGGGGUCUGGGGAGGUGGGACCCCCAGAGAUGCUCGGACCCUAGGAAGCUGGCACGGAGGAGGGGCCAGGACGUCGGGAGGGAAGAGCUUCAACGAGGGCAGGGCUGCUGUGGGCGGGGCCCGAGGAGAGUGGACCUAUCAGGAGGUGAAGCUCGGUGUGGGGUGGGGCCUGAAGAGAGUGGACCCUAUAGGAGAGGACCUAAGCUGCCAGACCCGGGCUUGCAGGUGGGAGGGGAGACAUUUAUGAGUGUAUGUGUGUGUGUGUAUAUUGUCCCUCAGGUUGUCACGCACAGCCUGGGCCAGAGGUGUUUAAGCUUUUCCCGAGCAGAGACGUUGGCACAGCUGAGGGUCACAGAACCCCCAGUGUCCGGCGUGGGUGACCGGCAGUGGUUGUACCAGACAUGCACUGAGUUCGGCUUCUAUGUCACCUGUGAGGACCCCACAUGUCCUUUCUCCAAACUCCCAGCACUGCCCUCCCAGCUGGAGCUGUGUGAGCAGGUGUUUGGGCUUUCAACCUGGUCCACAGUCCAGGCUGUGGCUCAGACCAACUCCUACUACGGCGGCCAGACCCCAGUGGGCACCCAGGUGCUGUUCGUGAAUGGGGAUAUGGACCCCUGGCAUGUGCUGAGUGUCACUCAGGACUUGGGGCCCUCCGUGUCAGCCCUUCUCAUCCCCAAUGCCUCUCACUGCUUGGAUAUGGCACCUGAGCGGUCCUCAGACACCCCCAGCCUCCGCCUAGGGCGCCAGAGCAUCUUGCAGCAGCUGCAGACCUGGCUCCAGCUGGCGCAGAAGAGCUUGGUUAGGGUUGGGGUCUGAGCCCAGCACCCUCGCCACUCCCUGCAGCCCACCGCAGACCAGGACAUAUUUGUUCACUGGACAGGAGGAAGCAGCAUGUUUACCAAGAGGAAAUUCCCAGGAAUUGGUAUUCAGCAGCUGUUCCACAUAUAACUGACUUGUGUAUGCAACCAUCCUCACUCCCAGCUAAAACAGCUCUGUUACAGACAAGAAGUUCUGCAAAUAUAACUGGGUGAUUAUUCUCAUUGUGGAUGUCGCUAUUUUAAUGGCAAAUUUCAGAGAAAUGUCACUGUUCAUGCUGGUGCCCUCCUCCCACUAAUCAGAU